UCGGCAGCCCGGGGCGCUGGGCCCUCCGCAGGGCAGCGGGGGCUGCCGACCGCUGGGGGUUUGUCCGGCCAAGGCCCGCAUGCACCGGGGAGACGUGCGGGUGUGGAGAGAAAAGAGUUUCUCCCGGCUGUUCCCCCUCAGGGGCACACACAGCAGCCGGGAGUGACCCUCACAGGCCACGGGCUGAGUCCCAGUCCUGCCCGGGCUUUCCUGCCAGCCCCCCCCCCGGGCAAGCGGCCUGGGAAGCCUCAGGGACACUGGUGGUGACAUUUGCAGAACUGUGCAGCUGGAGAAGGAGAUCCAGUAAAGGGCUUUAGGAACUGACUUUGACUCUUCAGCUUCCCUGGGCUGGCAUAUAAGGCGGAAAAAUGAUGGCAUUGAAACCAUUUACCUAUCCACUGCCUGAAACAAGGUUUCUUCACGCGGGCAGGCUCGUGUACAAAUUUAAAAUCCGCUAUGGCAACUUCCACAGCGCUCCUGAUCUCAACAACACUGAAAGUGCUGCCAAGGAGUUGGAGGAAGCAAUUCGAGUAGUCCUUGGAAAUCUGGAUGAUUUACACCCAUUUUCUACAGACCACUUCACUAUCUUUCCCUAUUUGAGCAAGUGGGAGAGAGUAUCAAAGAUGAGAUUCAAGUGUGAGAAUGUCUGUCUGGUGCCUUAUCCCUACAUUUGCACAAUGUAUCUAGAACUCAACUCAUUUCAGCAAAACCUAUCUCAUGGAAAAGAAGUAAACAAGGACCGUGAUGAGUUUGUCAAAAGAAGAAAUGAAGUGUUACAAAGUACUACAGUGGAAGAGCCAAUGAAGAGGAGAAGAGUGGAAGUCAGAGCAGAGACCUCAUGCCCAUCGUUGGUUAUGAACAGAACUGGAGACGAGUGUGUUCACCAUAUGAGUGUAGCAAAGCCUGGAUCUGAAACGAAUUCCUCCAAAGGAAAUGAGUGUGAGUGUAGUCCAGCAUCCCUUUCCAUGGACUGUAACCAAAUGAGCUCCUGGGGACCUGUGGAAUCUAACCCUGAACAAAGAACAGCAGCUGAGCAGUCUGAGGGUGCAGUGCAGCUACUGCAGCAAAGGGACCAAGCAGUAAGCAGAGGACAUGUUAAGUCAGAAGGAAGAGGUCUCUCCAAGUUCUGGAGAAGCAUAAUCGUGUCCCCACUGCAGCAUCUCUUUGGAGGAAAGUACUGACCUGGAAGUAUUGGUUGUUGAAAGGUAAACUUGUAGCAG